AUUUUAGCUUUUUAUAUGCAGCCUUUGAGACUUCAUUUAGCUUUUUAUUUUUUUAAAAAAAGUCUUACAAUAAUGUUUUGUAUAAGUCGAUUUUACUCGAGACGCGCUAAAAUUUAAGAACCUAAUCAGUAACAAAUUCCUCAUAUUUCAAUUGAAUAAGUUCACAGAUUAUUGGACGGCUUUUGGUUUGUAGGUAACAUAAAUUAUUUGAAAGCAUGGAAGAAAAGUUAGAUCCACAAAAAAUUAGUUCCUUAAGAAAUAAGAAGAGUAGAAAGGUUAUUGAAACCAAAUUUUCCUAACACAAAAAACCAGUCCUUAACUCCUUAUUGGUAGGGGGGAAGUAUUAGAAAUGAACGCUAGAAUUGAUAUAGAGUUACAGGGACUCAGAAAACACUAUUCUAAUAUUCUUACUAAAUGCUAUGAAAUGCUGGUUCAAUCAACCCAUCAUUUUUGUUGCUAAAUGCUAUGAAAUGCUUGCUUUUCUGCCACUUUUGGACAACCUUCUAUUAGCGCAAUGCAGUGCUUAAUCCGGCUAGUCUCGUGCCUUCGUCAUACGCUGCACCAACGUAACUUGUAUUCAACUCAACAUGUCUAUGAUUGUAAUACCAAGAUUACCGCUCUUUUCAGAGCAGGGAACAUUGAGGCUGCCCGCCAACUGUUCGAUAAAAUGCCUACCAGAGAUAUUGUCACCUGGAAUGCUCUCCUUACUGGGUACUGGCAAAAUGGUUUUUUUCCUGAAUCAAAGAAAGUUUUUGAGUCAAUGCCAGAACGAAAUGUUGUGUCUUGGAAUUCUAUGGUAGCAGGUUGCAUUGAAAAUGAUAUGAUUGAUGAGGGGUUUCAGUAUUUUGGCAUGAUACCCAAAAAAAAUGUGGCUUCAUGGAAUGCAAUGAUAUCAGGUUUUGUGAAGUAUGGUAAGGUAGAGGAGGCAAUUCGGCUAUUUAGGAAGAUGCCAUACAGGAAUGUCGUAUCGUUUACGUCUAUGCUUGAUGGGUAUCUUCAGAAAGGGAUGGUUGGAGAAGCAAGGGAUUUGUUUGAUCAAAUUCCUCAAAAGAAUAGUGUUACUUGGACUGUGAUGAUCAGUGGGUAUGUUGAGAAUGCAAUGUUUUUAGAAGCUCGGGAUUUGUUUGAGCAGAUGCCAAAUAAGAGCAUUGUUGCAACGACUGCAAUGGUCACAGGAUAUUGUAAAGAGGGAAAGAUGGAGGACGCCAGGGUUUUGUUUGAUCAGCUUUCGCAAAAAGAUCAUGUUGCUUGGAAUGCUUUGAUCACAGGCUAUACUCAAAAUGGAAAUGGAGAGGAUGCUCUGAAGUUAUUCUCGGAGAUGUUUAGACUUGGUGUUCAACCUGAUAAGGCAACCUUCGUAUCUAUCCUGACAGCUUGCUCCUUUCUGACAUCCUUAAAAGAAGGUAGGCAAACUCACUCGCUCGCUGUCAAGUCUGGAUUUGGGUUAAACCUAUCUGUUUGCAAUGCCUUGUUGUCCAUGUACAGCAAGUGUGGUGGUGUUGUGGAUUCAAAAUUGGCUUUUACGGAAAUUUGCAGUCCGGAUGUUGUUUCGUGGAAUACCAUUAUUGCUGGAUUUGCACAGCAUGGUCUCUAUGAGAAAACCUGCGCACUCUUCAAUGAGAUGCGUGCAAAUGGCUUCGCUCCUGAUGGAAUAACGUUUCUUUGUAUGCUGUCUGCUUGUGGUCAUAGUGGCAAAAUAAACGAUAGUAUGGCUUGGUUUGAGUCAAUGGUGAAGGAAUAUGGAAUCUCUCCCAGGUCUGAACAUUAUGCCUGUUUGGUUGAUAUAUUAUGUAGAAAGGGCCAAUUGGAGAAAGCCUACGAAAUUAUUCUAGAAAUGCCAAUUGGAGGAGAUUGUGGUAUAUGGGGAGCUCUUCUUGCAGCUUGCCAUGUUUACUUGAAUGCAGAACUUGGGGAGUUAGCUGCAAAGAAAAUAUUGGAGUUGGAUCCUCACAAUUCCGGGGCUUAUGUGAUGUUAUCAAAUAUAUAUGCUAGAUGUGGUAUGUGGAAGGAGGUUGCCAAGGUAAGGUGUUCAAUGAAAGAGCAGGGUGUUAAGAAGCAGAGUGCAUAUAGCUGGAUAGAACUUGGUGAUGAAGUGCACAUUUUUGUGGGUUGGGGUGUUUCUCAUCCAGAGAUUGAUAAAAUUUUGUCAAAUCUAAAGCAAUUCAGCUUUCAUUUAAAGACUGCAGAAGAUGUUGCGGACUUGCUUUCGGAAGUUACCUGUUUUGGCUAGUUU